AUGUCUAACCCCAGCUCUACUAUAGGCCGUAUUCUAGGGAUCACCGCCAUGGUUGGUGCCGUUUCUGCAUUAGGUUACGCCAUCUAUUUCGAUCAUCAAAGAAGAAGUGAUCCAGCCUUUAGAAAGCAAUUGAGAUCCAAAUUGAAGAGACAAGCCAAAGCUGCUCAAAUCGCUGAACAACAGGAGGCCCAAAAGAAGUUACAAGAUGUCACAGAGUUCUUAACUGCUGAAUUGGCAAAGGACCCCAUCUCUACGGAUCCAUCAAAGAGAGAAGAAAUUUUCACUUCAUCUUUGGAACAAGGUGAAAGAUUAUCGAUGGCCGGUGAUCAAGAUUUAUUAGCUGCUUCAAAAUUCUAUAGAGCCUUGACUGUUUACCCAAACCCAGCCGAAUUAUUGGAAAUUUACCAAAAGAGUAUAGCCAAGAAUGUUUAUGAAAAUAUCGUAUUGAUGAUUGCCAUAUUGCCACCUGCUAAUGUUUCUAAUUUCUUAAGCGGUGUUACUUCCAAAAUGGAUAAAUUGCAAAUGGAAUCUGAAACCAUGGAAAAAAUGAACGAAAUUGAUGAAUAG